UUGUUGCUGUCUACUAUCACGGUGUAUGGCUGUGUAUGCAGUUAGCUAACGCGUGUUUGUAGCAGAAAUGUGAGAAAGAUGGCGACGUUGAAAGAGGAACAGUCUUACGGGCUAUCUUGUGGUAGACUGAGCAAUGGCAGCAACACCUCGAUAUUUCACGUCAAACUCACUGACAGCGCGCUAAGAGCCAUCGAAAGCUAUCAAAGUAGCAAGGGGUCAACUGCACAUCCUUCCAUUCGUUUUACCGGAAACCAAGGGAAAAUCUCCAUACCUCGUGGCCAGACCUCGGAAGACUAUGUGACGUUCACCUUCUACCUGUCCCACGUGGGGCGGGACAACCCUCAGGGAAGCUUUGACUGCAUCCAGCAGUAUGCCACAUGUGAUGGAGCUGUUGAGCUUGACUGCCGGGGCGUGAUCCAGGACAAGAUUACGGUGAACGCGACGGACGACUCCUACCAAAAGGCCCGGCAGAACAUGGCCCAGGUGGAGGAGGAGACGCGGCGCCGAGGCGCCAUCGUCAUCAAGCAGGGCCGAUACAUGAGCAAAAGAGUCCAAAUCCGUAAGCCGCCAGCCGGCCUAACUGAUGUGGUGGCCCCUUCCCGACGCGUGUCUCGGCCUGUUCUCAUCUCCAGCAGCAGCAGCAGCAGCCCAAGGCGGCCCGGGGGUCUGCUGCGCCCCCCCCAGGAGAAGGUGAAGGUAGCGGGGCUGUCCGUGCGCGAGCGCCUCACCCACCUGCUGGCGCUCAAGCCCUACCGCAAGGCUGAGCUGAUCCUACGGCUGCAGCGAGACGGCCUGGCCCCGCAGGAGAGGGACACUCUGGACGGACUGCUGACACAGGUGGCUCAUCUCAGUGAGAAGGACAACACGUUCACACUCAAGGAUGCCCUGCUGAAGGAUGUGCGGAAAGACUGGCCAGGCUACUCCGAGGGAGACCGACAGCUCCUCAAGAGGAUCCUCAUUACCAAGAGCAGGAAGUUGGGUCAGGUCCAGAAUCUUCGGUCAUCACCGGCGACAGUGGAAGUAACAAGGAGCCCACAAAGGGAGCAGGCUAGCUCAUCACCCUCACAGAAACGGCCAUUGCCUGACUACAUUGACCCUUUAGCCAAUAAGAAGCCCCGGAUCUCCCACCUCCUGAAUCGCGCUCAAGUGAAUGGCGGGCUGUUGCGGGAGAGAGAGGCCAGCCCCGUUUCCACGACGACGGAGCCCUGUGUCCCCAGUCUAGAGCUCCCGCGCCCGUGCGAGCCUCUGUCAGAUGUGAGCAGCGACUCUACGCCCAGCGGCCGAGAUGGCGAGGGCUCGGAUGCCGUCGCUUCUGCCGUCAGCGCAGCCGACAGACUAGGGCCCACGUUGGCCGUCGGCACGGCGACACGGCCCUCCCUUCCCCCGCCCCCACCCUGCCAGCCCGCUGCGGCCACUCCCACCACCGCGCACAAGAGCAAGAGCCGGAAGAAGUCCAAAAAGCACAAAGAAAGGGAUCGCGAGAUCAGACGCACGAAAGACAGACAUGGAGCGAGAGGGAGGGAUAGGGAGACGAGUACUGAGGACACGAGGAGCCAUGAUCAGGGGAGAGGCCCAGAUGUCAAUGGCGCAUAUGAACACUCGAGUGGUGCCACAGAGAUGUUGGACCCAGAAGACUAUUUAGAGAACUACAAGUCGAUUGUUUCCCAGGAGCAGCGUCAGAGGUAUAAGAACGACUUCAAUGUAGAGUAUAAUGAGUACCGGGCCCUGCACUCCCGCAUCGAGGGGGUGACGCGACAGUUCACCGUGCUGGAGGCCCAACUCAAACAGCUGCAGCAGGGCUCCGACCAGUAUCAGACGAUUCACAACCAGAUACUUAAAGAGUAUCGCAAAAUAAAAAAGUCUAAUCCAAACUACAGUCAGGAUAAAAACCGCUGCGAAUACCUACACAACAAACUUGCACACAUAAAGAAAACCAUUGCAGAGUACGAUCACAAGCAGAUCUAACACAUCUGCGGUGGGACAUGAGGCAAAAAAAAAGACAAGAUUCCCAAGGAGCCAAGAAGUGGAUAGUCAUCCCAGUAUUUUGUCCAGGCUUGUCUUGAAAUGUUGCUUCUGACGGACUAUGUUGGAACACGUGCAUUAAAAAUUGGGGCCUUUUCUACCCCAUGUGAGUUUUUUUUUUGUUUGUUUAAAUAGAUGUCCGAUGACCCAAAGACAAAAAAAAAUCUCUGAUGCAAUCUUGCUGUUCUCUGACGGUGAAGUGCUGUUGGGUUGGCUACAGAACUGAACUUGGCAUUACACUGUUACUCCCUUCUGCUGCAUGACCAACUUUUGCUACAGAGAUUUCUGGACUGUUCCGUGUCAAAUCACAAUCAGUGAUAGAUCCUUGCACAUGGAUUUUGAGUGCUAGAAUAAGAAGCUAUUCAGCCAGCCUGUGGUAUCAGACUAGGACUACCAUGUAUUAUAUGUUCUGUUUUAAUUUAUUGUUUUGUUGUUUAAUGGCAGAAUUAAUUCUGCAGAAGUGUUCUUUGUUCUCUCAUGGGUCUGCACACUUCCCGAUUAUAUUAAAGAAAAUUAAUCAUCUUGGCGGCUUUGAUAGAUUUCCUGACUUGGUGGAUGAGACAUUUGUUCUGCUUGGACAGCCAGGCCUCCUGAGUUUUGUCCAAUUCCCCAGCAACAGUUAUAAAAUAUCUAUCUAUAUCAAUAUCUAUACAAUAGGACCUUCUGCUGAAAUUGAUGGCACUCAGACCAAAUUACUGUAAACUAUCACUGAUGACUCAGAAACUGACCCUCUGCUCUUGAGCACAGCUGGUUUUGAAGCAUGGGCAAUGCAAAGCGUGGUGACAUGGAAAACGUUCUGACGUGUAUAUUUCACAUUGGCUGUGAUCGUAACAUUCCUACGUCCCUUUCUCCAUGAAAUAAUGUAUGCUUUCCAUCAGAGCAUUGGGGUCAUAAAGUAUCCAGUUAGUCAGAUGCAAGCCCUCUAUUAACCAUCGGCUCUCCAAUGUCUCUCCCCUGUGCAGUUUCUCCUGGUGUCCUCUCAAACAAACCAUUACAGCAUUGAGUUCCAUAGAAAUUCUAUCUUGCCAGUAUUAUGUCAUCUCUGUUGUCAAAACCUUUGUGCCAUAACAUUAAUUCUUUAGUAAGAAUUGUUGUGGAACACUUUAAAGUUGAUGUUGCUCUUCCUACACUGGCCCCUCUGAAGAGGGGCGUGUUGCAUGCUGAGAACCCCCGUUUGAAUUACUGGCUCAGUUGUCACGUAUGAUGAAAUUAAACUUUGGCACUUUGGAAA